AUGAAAGACAUUAAGGCGAGAGUGACUCUUAAACCUGAUAGCAUACCCAAAUUCUGCCCACCACGUAAUGUGCCCUAUGCUCCGAGAUCCAAAGUAGAGGCUGAACUGACCCGCCUCACUGACCUUGGCGUGAUCUUACCAGUGGAGCAUAGUGACUGGGCCACACCCGUAGUUCCUGUCAACAAGAAGGAUGGCACGGUGAGACUUUGUGGUGAUUUCAAAGUCACCCUCAACCAAGCACUCUGUGUGGACAAGUAUCCUAUUCCACGCAUUGAGGAUCUCUUUGCAUCGCUAGCUGGAGGUCAACGCUUCAGUAAACUGGACUUGUCAAACGCAUACCUACAGAUGGAAGUAGUGGAGGAGUCGAGGUAGCUACUGACUAUUUCCACACAAAAAGGACUUUUCUGCUACAACCGCUUGCCCUUCGGUAUUGCGUCGGCACCAGCGUUGUUCCAGAAGGCUAUGGAUCAAGUGCUCGUUGGAUUGCCAUUCACGCACUGUUAUCUCGAUGACAUUCUGGUUAGUGGGCCAGAUGAAGAGACCCACCUGAAAGCCCUGGACGACGUUCUCACGAGACUGGAGGAGUAUGGUCUCCAUGUCAAAAAGGAUAAGUGCAUGUUUUUCCUGGAGUCAGUAGAGUAUCUAGGUCAUAUCAUCGAUGCUGCUGGGCUCCACAAGUCGCCAGAGAAGGAACGCGCUGUUGUGGAGGCACCGGCACCCACCAACAAUGACCUCACAAUCCAACAGGGAUGCCUCAUGUGGGGCACACGAGUGGUAGUGCCACCCAAGCUAUGGCCCCGGGUGCUCAACGAGCUACAUACAGCACACCCAGGGGUAGUGAGGAUGAAAAGCUUGGCACGGUCGUAUGUCUGGUGACCAGGUAUUGACUCUCAGAUCGAGCUCCAGGCCAAAUCCUGCCACUCAUGCCAGCGUAGUCAGAGAGAACCGAGUCUUGCCCCUCUACAUCCAUGGAUGUGGCCUUCCAGUCCUUGGGAAAGGAUUCACGUGGACUUUGCUGGUCCAUUUGAAGGACACAUGUAUCUUGUGGUAGUAGAUGCUCAUUCUAAAUGGCCCGAGGUGCAAAUCAUGGAUAGCACCACAGCAAGCAAGACCAUCACAGUACUGAGGGGCCUUUUCAGUCGCCACGGCCUUCCUCACAUUCUCGUAAGCGACAAUGGACCCCAGUUCUGUUCUGAGGAAUUCGCCACAUUCCUGAAAGCCAAUGGAGUCAAGCACAUUCGCUCAGCGCCGUAUCACCCUGCUAUGAAUGGCCUGGCCGAGCGCUUUGUACAGACUUUCAAACACGCCCUCAAAUCCUCCAGGGGCGCCGCACCAGUGCAACAGCGACUCGACACAUUCCUGUUGACGUAUCGCAACACCCCGCACGCCACGACAAAGGAACCGCUGUCUAUGCUGUUCACAAGGCGCAUGCUACGCACGCGACUGGACUUUCUCAAACCCAGUGUGGCUGGGGUUGUUCAUCGCUCUCAAGACUCACAGCGGCAACGCCGUCAACAACACUCCAAGGCCAGACACUUUGCAGUCGUGUGCCGCUCCACAGCUGUCAGUUGA